UCGAUCUCUUCUACUUUUCUCUUCAAUGACGGGGAGAAAAGGGCGCCAAGGUGAGAUGCUGGAAUCAGUAUACUCAGUCCUGGCGUUGGUUUUUAUACUGGUUGCCUGUGUGGAGCUCUGCGAUGCUGCGACCGUUGUUGAUGUCUACAGGCUUAUUCAGUACGAUCUCGCUGGUGUUCCUUUCGGAUCUCGCCUUGCCGGCCUUAAUCAUCACGCUGGUUCGUCGCCGUUUGCUCCUGGAGCGGAUCUUUCGCGUACAGUCGUUAUAAUCCCUGUUCGAGAAAUCAAUAUCACUCUUCUCCGAGACUAUAUUAGACAAGGACAGGCAUUGGGUGGGUUACUGCUCUUUCUUCCUCAGAAGUUUAUUCCUGGUAUUAGAGAAUACACAGUUGAAGGUGACCAAAGUCAAGGAAAAGAGCUGAUGCGAAACAUAUUGUUUGAGCUGGAACAAUUACUUAUACAUGCCAACAUCCCUUACCCUGUCUAUUUUGCUUUUGAGGAUGACAAGAUUAACGCUGUCUUAGCUGAUGUCAAGAGGAAUGAUGCUAUUGGCCAGCCUGCUUCUGCGACAACUGGCGGAUACAAGCUUGUUGUCUCAACGCCAGAACCUAAGAAGCUAACAUCUCCCACCAUCACAAACAUUCAGGGAUGGUUACCAGGAUUAAAAUCUGAUGGAGAUACAAAUCAACUCCCAACAAUUGCUAUUGUUGCAUCAUAUGACACCUUUGGUGCUGCUCCGGGAUUAUCAGUGGGAACUGAUAGUAAUGGAAGUGGUGUUGCGGCACUUCUGGAAAUUGCCCGGUUAUUCUCUCGUCUUUAUUCAAAUCCGAAGACAAGAGGUUCGUACAACCUACUAUUUGGGCUGACAUCUGGUGGACCUUACAACUACAACGGAACCCUAAAGUGGCUUCGGAGCCUUGACCAGCGUUUGCGUGAGAGUAUUGACUAUGCUAUUUGCUUGAAUAGCAUUGGUUCUUGGGACAAUGAAAUGUGGAUUCAUGUGUCUAAGCCUCCUGAAAAUGCUUACAUAAAGCAAAUUUUUGAAAGUUUCUCGAAUGUGGCAGAGGAAUUGGGAGUCAAAGUUGGUCUGAAGCACAAAAAAAUAAAUGUCUCAAACCCACGAGUAGCUUGGGAGCAUGAGCAAUUUUCAAGGUUAAGAGUUACUGCUGUCACCCUCUCAGAGCUUUCUGUGGCACCCGAAUUAUUAGAAAGCACUGGGGGCCUAUAUGACAGCAGGCAAUUUGUGAAUGAAACUGCAGUUGCUAGAAGCGUCAAGUUAGUUGCUGAGAGUCUUGCGAGGCAUAUUUAUGGCCACCAAGGAAAGAAGACUCAAAUCUUUGCAGAUGGUAGCAGCUUGGCAGUCAAUCCCUUUUACAUAGAGUCAUGGUUGGAUCUUCUGUCUCGGACACCCAGAGUGGCUCCUUUUCUCAAAAAGAAUGAUCCAUUCAUAUUGGCAUUGAAGAAGGAAUUGUCAGAUCACACAACUGAGGUGAAUGUGCAGCAUGAAGUACUUGAUGGGAUGUUCACUUUCUAUGAUUUGACAAGAGCCACGCUUAAUAUAUACCAGGUAGGUAGUGUAGCGUUUGAUCUGCUUCUGCUGCUUGUGUUGGGAUCAUAUUUGAUACUGCUUUUCAGUUUUCUUGUUGUCACAACCAGGGGUGUUGAUGAUCUCAUCAGUUUAUUCCGCCGACCUCCCUCCCGCAAGGUUAAAACAGCCUAACCAGAGGUUUCAAUGCACCAAAGCCUUGUAUGAGUGUUGCUGCAGAUUUAUCAUUGUAGCUUUUAGUUGAAAGCACCACAAACAGUCCUAGAGUGGUGCAUAGUUGGCCCACCUUGUAGCUUAGAGGGAUUGUUUGUCGCAUGAGAAUGAGGGUAUUUUUUCAAUGCAAG